UUGUCCCUCUUCGUCGCGUACGACGAGCUCGACAUCGGCCCCCACCUCUCCGUUGGCAGCGCUCGCAGUGCCCUUCCAGUCGACUCCGACGUCAGGGACGCACCACGGACGAAACAAUCCGUCAGCAGCGAGCAUACAGUGAAGCGACAAACGCUGCGGCGGUGAUACUCUGGGAUUCUUAGCUCGGCCACCCUCGAGCCGAGGUCACAAGCUUGGGAGUUUGUUUUCUGAGCCUUCUUCCAAGCACGGGAACCCUUAGUUCCAUUCCAAGACUCAGCGCUCAGUCUUCGAGGCUUUCCGUUCCUCAACGACCAGCCCAACACGGCCAGGACACUCUUUUCCUCCUAGAGCUGCCGCUCUGCUCAGUUCUACCCCUCAAGGACACCAACAGAUUUUUUUUUGUCGUUACCUGUCUUGCGGUUCUUGAAUCAUCGUGCAGACUUAGCGCCGAUACGAUGUCGAACCACCAGUAUGCGGAGGUGCCUUCGGGCUCCAGACCAGUGACCACGACGGAUAGCGACUUCGACGCCUAUGGGACACCCACCGCCGGUACGCCUAUCGUCGCCCCGAUGCCUCUUGGUCACGAUGGUAUGCCAGCACCAGUGCCCUCGGCCUUCUCCCUGUCCUCGACGACUACCCCCCGGGAUUCCACUUAUAAUCCCUAUGGUGAGCCUAUGGGCACGCCGAAUAACAAUUCUGCACCCUUGCUGCAGCAUUCACCAGCUGAUGCGAUGUAUGGCUCGGGCGGAAAGGAGGCCACAUAUCUAAGCGCAGGGCGCAAGCGACCAUUCUACAAGCGACCUUGGUUCUACUUGCUGCUAGUCGUGGCAGUGGUCGUCAUCGCUUUGGCUGUUGCACUGCCUGUGACGUUAAUUCACAAGCACGAUGGCUCCAGCGCAUCUGGCGGAUCAUCGAGUGGCGGAGGCGGCAGCGGGGGUGGUGGUGGUGGUGGUGGUGGUGGUAAAGGUUCUACGGCUCUCGCGACAUCUGGCGGCAAUGGGAGCACUAUUACGACGGAUGACGGAUCCACGUUCGUUUACAACAACCCGUAUGGCGGAUUCUGGGUGUCCGAUCCUUCAAACCCGUUCAACAACAGCGCCAGGCCUAACAGCUGGACUCCGCCCAUUAGCGGGGCAUGGACUUGGGGUCAAGAUCACAUCUUCGGCGUCAAUCUCGGUGGUCUUUUCGUCCUGGAGCCAUUCAUUGUUCCAUCCCUGUUCCAAUCGUACCCGAGUGCCGUCGACGAAUGGACGCUGUCAGAAGCGAUCGUAGCUGCAGGGCAGAAUCUCACUCAAGUUUUGGAGGACCACUACAGCACUUUCAUUCAGGAGGAGGAUAUUGCGCAAAUUGCUGGUGCUGGCCUCAACUGGAUCCGCUUGCCUAUCCCCUUCUGGGCAAUUGAGGCAUGGCAAGAUGUCGGUGUUGACCCUGGGUCGACCACUCCCGUUGCCGAACCGUUCCUGGCUAAGGUCUGCUGGCAGUAUAUAUUGCGCGUCCUAGCUUGGUGCCGCAAGUAUGGUCUUCGUGUCAACCUUGACCUGCACACCAUUCCUGGUUCUCAAAAUGGUUACAACCACUCCGGCAGACUUGGCCAAGUCAACUUCAUGGCGGGCAUUAUGGGCUACGCUAACGCGCAGCGUGCUCUCGACUAUAUUCGUACGAUCACGGAGUUCGUCAGCCAGCCCGAGUACAUCGACCUCAUCCCAGUUUUCAGCAUCGUCAACGAGGCUCUUGUCUCCACCAUUGGCAUAGACCAAAUAACGAGCUUCUACCUGCAGGCACAUGACAUGAUUCGCGGUAUCACCGGUCUUGGCGAGGGCAAUGGCCCCUUCAUAGUCAUCCAUGACGGCUUCUUGGGCAUCAACACUUGGUCAGACUUUCUCCAGGGCUCAGACCGCAUUAUGAUAGACACGCACCCGUACUUCGCCUUCGAUGGCCAACCCAACAAUGCUCCCAUCGACCAGCCACUCCAGGGUAGCUCAGUCCAAGGCCAGUUCGGCGGACCCUGGCCCAUGCAGGCGUGCAAUGCGUGGGCUGCGAGCAUGAACCAGAGUCGUGAAAAUUUCGGUGUCACAAUUGCAGGCGAGUUCAGUAACGGGAUCAACGACUGCGGUUUGUGGGUGCGCGGCGUCAAUAUUACCCCGUCGUACGCUGGCAACUGCACUGAGUUCAGUAACGCCGAUCUCUGGACCGACGAGAUUAAGAACGGCUUCCUGAACUUCCAGCUUGCGAGCAUGGACGCUCUCCGGGACUGGUUCUUCUGGACUUGGAAGAUUGGCAAUGACUCGACCGGCUCGGUGCAAUCACCUCUCUGGUCCUACCAGCUCGGACUGCAGGGCGGCUGGAUCCCGCCUGACCCUCGUGUGGCUCUCGGUACCUGCCAAGCUCUUGGUGUCGACACGCCCCAGUUCAACGGCAGCUUCCAGCCGUGGCAGACGGGCGGCCCCGGCGCAGGCACCAUCGUCCCGUCUUCAACCUCGCAAUUUGGCCUGUUCCCACCCACGAGCAUCGCUGGCGUGCCCGCAGGCCAGGUCAACCUCAUCCCGACGUACACCUCGAGCCGCGGGCCGCUGACGCUCCCGCCGCCGACAUUUACCGCGACGGUCACGGUUAGCACCGGCGACGGCUGGUUCGACACUGCGGAUACGGCACAGUACGUCACAGCGGUGGCGAACUGUGAGUACCCCGACGCGUGGAGCGCGCAGAACAGUCCGGUCCCUGCGACUGCGUGUGGCGCGAUGUCGGCGCUCGGCGGCGCAGCCCCUGUUACCACCACCCCCGUGGCCACCCCCGCAGUCCCUCCCGCUGCCACCACUGCUCCCCAGCCGACUGCACCCGGUGCCGUUCUAACGUCGAUCUCGAGUACAGCCCCCGCCGUCUCCAGGACUACUUCGGGCGCAGGAGCUGUGACGACUAGCACGAGCGUGCCUGUCGUCCCUCCUGCUGCUACCGUGCGAAGGUAAUCUUGGUGGCUUCAUAUCUUUAUCAAAACGAACUGUGCUCUUUGGACCGUCCUUUUUUUGUUUAUGGACCCUCUGAGACCUGAACUGAUACCAGACUAUUUGAUUCCACACUGAAAGACUCAACUGUCUUUUUACCUUCGCCGCCUAGCAGUGUCUCGAACUUGUCUAUACACGUCCUUGUUUUUCCAGUGGACUAUCUCGCCCUUGCGGCGCUAAAGAUCCUGUGCGGUCUCCCUAUGUAUAUCUACCACACUAUACUGUACACCCAUGCACUAUAUAUAAUCGUGC